ACAUGUGCUGUAUGACCUUUCAUAUCACAGAGCCUUUGAACUCCCCCAACAGUGAAUAAAAAGGGGUUACUUUACAGGUGACAAAGAAGAGUUUUUCUCACUCUAGCACAACCCGUGCCAACUCUUGGAUUUGGAUGAAAAUAAUACUCUAAAUCAUUUUCCUGCUGCUCCUUCUUUUGGACUUUGGCUGAAUCUGUACACAGAAGGCAAUGUCAGGAAACGUCAGCAGCAGCAACAGUGUUAUUCAGGCACAAAAACUGGUGGAUCAACUUCGUGUGGAGGCGUGCAUGGAGAGAAUAAAGAUCUCCCUGACAGCAGGAGACUUGGUGCGUUACUGUCAGGAUCACAGGCGCAGUGACCCUCUGCUCACCGGCAUCGCUGCCUCGUCCAAUCCUUUCAAAGACAAGAAGACCUGCGUGCUGCUUUGACAGCCUCCAGGACCGAUGAUCAUCACAGAUCGCCCAUACGGCAACUGCUUUACAGUCAAAUAUGUUAAAGAUAACAUUCUAGUGAGGCGAUCGAUCUCCUGUCACUGAGA